AUGCGGUCAUCGUCUCCUGGAGAGCAGUCCCCUCCAUCUCUGGGUCACCCGUCCUAUGGCCGCUUACCCCUGGCUUUGCCGCCCCUCUUGGCGGGGGCCUGGACGGGCGGGGCGCCCUGCCUGCGACUGGCUCCACGGCGCUGCUUAGGGAACAGUUCACUAGACACGCUGUUGGCUCUUUUGCAAACUGAAGGAGCCAAGAUCGAGGAAGAAACGGAGAACAUGGUCGAUUCAUUCUUGGAUGGAUCGUUGCCUCUAGACAGCUUCGUUGAAUACUACCAGAGCAAGAGGACGCUGGCGCAUCUGAGGCGUGUGAAGAUCGAUAAGCUACAGGAGAUGGUGCUGAAGGGUGUUCAUCUUCCUCAGGGUUCCUGUAAUGAUGCUUCACAAGCUCAGGAGACCCUUAACUCCAGCGCACCUUUCCAAAGGCUAGCUAAUGGUUCUCCAGCUCAUGUAAGAUCAUCAGCCACGUCACACCCUUACAACUCUCAGAGCAUCAGUGCUCCUCUGCCAAACAUGGUGCCGUCAUAUUCAUGUCCAUACCCUCAAGGCCCCGGCGCUGCUCUUCCUCCGCAGGCAGGGUUCAUAAUUCAAUGAUGUUCUUCUGCCUGAUCUCUUCCAUUAGAAUG